AUGGUACGCAAAGCAAUUGCAACUUCCAAGACAGGGCUCAAGCAGUCUCUACUGCCACCUGUCCAGCGCAAACAGAUUUUUCUCCCUGAAUUCACAAUUGCCCUUGUCCGAACCCCCCAUCUCUCUCCUCGCUAUGCGCAAUUUCGUGUCCCUCUCAACUUCAACAAGCUCGACAUGCGCGACUACCUCCAGCGCCUGUACAAUGUGGGUGUCGUCAGAAUCCGCAGUUACAUUGAGCAGCAGCCUAUUACCCGAGUAACACGAGACGGUCGCACCCUGGGCCAGUGGCGACGACCAAAGUCCGAGAAGCGGAUGACUGUUGAGCUGCGGGAUGAGUUCGUUUGGCCCCAGGAGCCACAGGAUCUGAAGAAUUGGGAGAAGGAGGCCUGGGACUCAACAAACAAGGCCCAGCAAGAGGCACAGAAGGGUGGUGCCCAGAAGGGUGAUGCAUCCCAGAAGCCGGAUACGGUGCUGCGUGAGGCGUUCGAGAAGCAGGCGAAGGAGCUGAAGGGUGACAGGCAGUCUUGGCAGCCAACUUGGAAGACAUUGGGCCUUGAUUUCGCGCAUAAGGAGUUUGUUAACACCAAGGGCGGAGGGUUCAACAAUCCCAAAUGGAUUACCCUGCCGAAGAAGCGUUGA